CAAGCAACCAACCAAUUUCUUCUUUUUUGGUUUUUUUUGUUCGUUGCACGUGCGUUGAAAGAGCAUUUGUGGAGCAACAGAAAAAAGACUGCGCAAUGGAGCACCACACUUAUGCGAAAAGUGGCUCCAAGAAGUGGUCAGCUGAAGAGAAGCGUUUGCUAGUGACAAAACGCAUUGAAGCCGAAGAUUUGUUCUCUAAAUACUCCUCGAAGCAGGCGGAACCAUGGAAAAAGUUCAAGGACAUGGUGAGAAUCGGCGACUACAGCGAACGUGCGCUGAGAAAACAAUGGCUUAACAUGGUGCAACGUUACCGCAUCCAGAAGGCAAACAUGCAAGUGACACCGUUGAAUCAACAGUGCAUCGAGCUGCUCAAUGAGGAGUGGGAGUUCUUUGGCCAAAUACACGCCUAUAUGACGCAACGCACCACCGACCUGCAUUCCUAUGCGCUCAAAGAACCAAAUGUGGAUGCAUCCAACAACUAUAAUAACAUUGUGGCCAUGCGUGGUCUGGUCAACGACCACGAUUGCCUUGCCAUCAAGGCGGCGGCUGUCAUGCAACGUCAUCCCCUGCUGCGUCUGCCCAAGCUGGCGGAGCCGACAGCGGAGCAUCAGCAGCAGGCAGCUACAAGCAACAAGUUGUCGAUAGCCGAGGAGCAACCCAUCAUCAAAGCAGAGCAUAUUGUCUACGAUGAUGACUUCAAUGCGCUGGACGACGCAUUCACCGAUUCACUGGAUUCGCUGGCCACGACCUCGGAACCCUCGGAUCCUGUGGCCAUUGAGGUAUCCGACUUGUCGGAAACCGAUUCAAUUGCUGCUUCGUUAAAGCAUGAGACCACCACGGAGCUGCCGGCAGCUGAGCCAGUAGCCACAGAGCGGAUUGCAACAGCGCCUUGCAAGGAGCAAGGAGCCAAUCACAGGAAGCGUAAGGCAUUGACGGAGCGUGAAAAGUAUUAUCGCCAUCGACGCCGCUACGAUCAUCGCAUGGAGUUGCGUCUGAGUGCAGUUUGCGCGGUUGCCGGGCAGCUUCUGGAGCGUUUGGUGCCCGAUAUCAAUGUGACGCCGCUGCUCAUAAACAUCGACAACAACGAGGAGUUUAAGUGCAACAGCAGCUGCGAUGACGACGACGAUGAUGAUGAUGAGGAGGAGAAUAAUGUGAAGGAGGAGGUGGAUGAUCAAUGAGUGGAGCUACAACUUUUCUACAACUUGUUCCUGUUACUGCUCUACAAACAAAUAUAAAGAUUAUAUAUACUAUAUGUAUAUAGCACAAAACACAAAUACUUAUAAACACUUUCACCUCUCGCCCAACAAAACAAAAGGCUGUUACAUCUCCUAAAGACAACUGUGGGGCAAAGCGACGUCGCACUCAAUUCGAUAAUCAGAAAAGACUUGAGAGAGAAUGAAGCACGAAACCGAAACGCUAGAUAGUUCAAAAAGACGAUCUCUUCGAGCAUCGCUACGAAUUAUUAUAGAUACUCGCUUAUUGUUAAAAUAAAAAAGAAGAAACACUUAUCAGAUAUAUAUAUAUAUAUUAUAUAGGCCACGGAUUGAAAGAGCGCUAACAGCUGAGAACAUAGUCCCUAUGAUGAUUAUUAUUAUAAUUUGGAAACUAGAGAUACAUAAUAUCGACAAAUAAAACUGUUACUAUAUAUAUGCAUAUGUAUAUA